CGUACAAGAAUAAUUAGGUUUCAAAAUGCACCGUUUUUAAUUUCUUUUCCCUCUUUCUAUUACUGUCUAAAGAUCCAAAUAGUGAACUGAAGGAUCGAAUUCUCAAAGUUCAUGGCAAUUGUUGCUUCGACCCACCCCAUCUCCCUCCUCCGACCCAAAUUUUGCACUCCAAAACCCAGAUUUGGGGCAAAUGCCGAGCUCCCUAUAGCCCACAAAAUGCGAGUACCAUUCAAGCUGAAGGAGGAACAGAGCCGCAUUUUUCACGAGCUCCCAUCCGGUCUUCAAAUGGAGGUGAUUCUGCAGAAGGGUUCUGCCAAAUCAGCAGAAACAAGGGCUGAAAAUGUGGAACGCCCUCCUCUUAUCUUCGUCCAUGGAAGCUACCACGCUGCUUGGUCUUGGGCAGAACACUGGCUUCCAUUCUUUUCGGCUUCUGGGUUCGACUGCUAUGCUAUCAGCUUGUUGGGUCAGGGUGAAAGUGAUGCACCGUCUGCAUCGGUUGCUGGUACUCUACAGACACAUGCGAGUGAUAUUGCUGACUUCAUUCAUAGAAGUUUUAGUACACCACCAGUCUUGCUUGGGCACUCAUUUGGAGGGCUUAUUGUACAGUAUUACAUAGCAAACAGCAAACAUGACCAUUCAGAUACAGAUAGAUUGUUCCCAAGGCUUACUGGAGCUGUUCUUGUGUGUUCUGUUCCUCCCUCCGGUAACAGGUACUUCUCCAUGCUGCAGAAUUCAACGUUGUUUAUUCAUGAAAAUUAUCAACCCAACUUGACAUCUUUCUUCACUUCCUCCAGCGGACUCUUAUGGCGUUAUCUCUUUUCCAAACCCGUUGCUGCUUUUAAGGUGACACUCAGUUUGGCAGCAAAGGCUUUUCAAACAUCACUUCCUCUUUGCAAGGAAACAUUCUUCUCUGCAUCAAUGGAAGAUCAUCUUGUUUUACGAUAUCAAGAACUGAUGAAAGAAAGCUCAAGGAUGCCAUUAUUUGAUCUGAGGAAGUUGAAUGCAUCCCUUCCGGUCCCUUCCCUCCCAAAAUCUUGCAUUGAAGUACUUGUGCUGGGUGCAAGUGAUGAUUUCAUUGUGGAUGCUGAAGGGUUGAAUGAAACAGGCAGGUUUUACAGUGUCACACCAAUCUGUGUGCAAGGGGUUGCUCAUGACAUAAUGCUGGAUUGUUCUUGGCAGAGAGGAGCAGAAGCUAUUUUAACAUGGCUUAAUUGUUUAGGAUCAUAACCAUAAUAACAUUCCAAGAAUUUUAUCAUUAUUCACCUUUUCUUCAGAUUUGUUCAAAAUAACAGUGUGAUAUUGAUGUAUAAAUUUCACUUUUAAACUGUUCUAUGGAAGAAUUAAAAAAACCACCUCAAAACUCUAUAUCCGUUGUCACAACCGUAUCCUUUAGAUUUACGAAGAGUUGGAACCAAACCACCCUUGAACUGUUACAACUUAACCCAAUUCUUUUAAGCCUAUAAAAUUUGAAAACUGUGAUAUAAAUAAUGAAAAAAAAUUAGUAUUUAAAUGUUUAAUUGCAUCACUAUCCUUGAAAUCGAAAGUUUGAAGGUACGAUGGCAACUACAAAUUUGCAAUUUUUCUCAAAUGUUUCUAUUGAAUCAAAGAAUUGAUCGAAACUGAAAUCAUAGUAAUACACAUCCUAUAGUACAAACUAAAUGUGGCAAGAUCUGAUAAACCCAAACAUCAAAAAUUAACCUUUUUCUUUUUUUCCUUUUCAAAUUUUUGAUUGAAAGAACUCCAGAAAAAUAUUUUUUCUACCAAUUACAACUCUAGCAUCAUCAUCACUACAUCUCAAAUAUCACAAAAUGAAAA